AUGGCAAGGGAAAGAAAUAGGGAAAAGAAGAUUCGCCAAGGGCAACAAUUGGUACAAAAAACAUCUUCCUCUUCUGAUACACAAAAUGCAAUUUCUACUGAGAUAAAUCCUAUUAUCGAAAUUACCCAUGAUCAUAAAACUACCCGAUUAGAAUUAAUACCUACUGAUCAAGCACAAAAUACUGGGGACGACGUAAAUGAUUCUUCUGUUAAAUAUCAAGAAAUGAUCAGUGUUACAAAUUGUAACGCGCAAGUGAUCGAACCUUCUAACACAGAUGAUAUAUCAACUACUAAAUUGUCUCAUACGUCUAAUUCAGAAGAUAUAAUAAGUGAGGAUGACAAAUCUUUAUCUAAUACCUCGGUAAGUGUCUCAAAUACUGAAGUCUCACCUAAUAAUACGACUCUCAUCUUUAGCCAUGAAGUGACUGCCUCCAGCAAUUCCUUUGAUGUUGAUGAGAUGGGUGAGGUCAAGACACAGGUAAGCGCACCUGAUAGUUCUUUAUAUUUUAACUCGGAUCCUUUUGAUGAUGAAAAUUCUUGUGAUAGGGACACUGACUCACAGAGUGAGGAUGAAGAUUUCUCUGAUGAUAACAACGAAGAUGAUGGAGGAUUCUAUGGUUUUUCGGAUGACGAUGAUGAAAGUUAUUAUUACGAUCUAAAUACCG